UCCACCGGUUCACCGCACUCCUCCUCUCGGCGCUCCGGGCGCGAAGCAGGCGACUUGCUAGCAAAGCAAAGCGCGCAGCGCCAAGUGGCGCGCGCUGGGCAGUGGCCCGGGCAACCCCGAUCGCAGCUGGAGCCCUCAGCCAAGCCCGUCAGCCAACGGGCAACAGGACCAUGACUGCCGAGGGACCCGGCUCGCGUGUGUCCCCGCACCGCCGCCUGCCUGCGCUCUGGGCGGCAUCGCUGCUCCUGCUGGGUGUGCCGCGCCUCUCUGUGCGGGCAGAUGGGAAGCUCCUUGUUCUAGAGUCUCAGAAUGGUUCUCAGGGCCUGGACCUGGAGACGGCCCGGCUCUCCUGUAAGAGCAGAGGUGCUCACCUGGUGUCUGCGGAGGAGCUGCGGAGAGUGGUCCAGGAUUGCACCUUCUCGGUGUGCACCACAGGCUGGCUGGCCGACGGCACCCUUGGGACAACUGUGUGUAGCAAAGGGAGUGGUGAACAGCAAAUCAUGAGAGCUGUCGAUGUGAAAACUGAGAGCAACCCAGUUCCUGGUGGCAUGUACAAUGCCCUUUGUAUUAAGGAUGCAGAGAAGCCAUGUGGAGACCCGCCUUCCUUCCCACACACCAUCCUGCAGGGCCGCACGGGCUUGGAGAUGGGGGAUGAACUGCUGUAUGUGUGCGCCCCAGGGCCGGUCCCAGGCCAGCGAGAAACGGCCUUCACCUUGCUGUGCAACAGCUGCGGGGAGUGGUACGGCCUGGUGCAGGCCUGCGGGAAAGAGGAGUCCGAGGCACUUAUCGACUAUGAAGAUAAUUUCCCUGAUGACCGAUCUGUGUCAUUCAAAGAGCUCAUGGAAGAUUCCCGGACAGAGGCAGAAGAGGACAAAGAUCAGGGAGAAGCCUUUGAGGAGACACCAAAGCAAGACCGGCUGGUCUCCAUUUCUGUGGGGAAGGAAAACGUAGCCUGGGAUCAAGCAUUUGUGCCAACCACAGGCUUGCCUGGCUCUGAGAGCAGUGUCCACACAGACUGGCCAAAAUCCCAACUAAACCAGAAGUACUCGCUCUGGUUUCCUGCGGAGACUUUCCACAAGCCCGAGUUGGAAAAGGACGUGGAUGAUGACACCAAAAAGCAGUUUCCUGCUGGAGACAACCACAGUGGAGUGAAAGUGGUCCCAGGUGAGCCUGAAUCCAAGGUGACCUACGGUAGCACUGAUGGCCCCUUGGGACCUUUCGUGGACAGGAAUGACAGCAGGGCAGGGGACCCAGUGGUGAGCAGCAGUGAUGAAUCCUGGUUAGAUGGCUACCCUGUGACGGACAGGGCUUGGAGGAAAGCGGAGGUAGAAGGGGAGGAUGAGGGGGACAAAGGGGAUGGGUCAGUAGGACUGGAUGAAAGUGUUCUUGUGACUCCUGAUCAGCCCAUCCUUGUGGAAGUCAAGAAGCCCAGGAGCACCACUCUCACACCAAGUGAGGACAUGACCCAUACUUCAGUUCUUCCAUCUCAAAUGCAAGAUGUGGAGGCUCUGGCUCUUGGACCCAUAAACGUGUCUGAGCCUGAGGGUCCCCACAAUAGGAAUGGUGACUCGACCAAGUACCAGUCAACUGCACCUUGGAGACUCACCACAGACAGGUCUCCCAUGGCCACCCUACCCCAUGAACUCACCCACUCCAUCCUGGAGAAAAUAACAACUGCUGUCCAGCCAGUGCCUCCCCACCUCCCCUCAACUAGCACAGAGGCCACCACACUUCCAGGGGACACCACUGCUCCUGAGGUCCAGGACAGCUUCCCAUACCUGCUGUCCGAGGACUUCCUAGGACAGGCAGGCCCUGGGCCAGGUGCAAGUGAGGCAGAGCUUCUUCCAACUUUGGAGCCCUGUGUGGGAGACGAGUGUCCCAGCCUCAGCAGAGGCCCCGUGAUCGCCACCAUUGUCACGGUCCUGUGCCUGCUACUGCUCCUGGCAAGUGUGGGGGCUGUGUGGGGCUACCACAGGUGCCAGCAUAAGAGCUCCGUGUACAAGCUGAACGUCGGCCAGCGGCAGGCUCGGCACUAUCACCAGCAGAUCGAGAUGGAGAAAGUCUAAGCACCUUCGGAGGAAGAACUGUGGUGCACCACGCUGAGAUUCACAAGAGCUCAGAUGGAGUAGGGCUCCUCUUCUUUCCCCUCAGGUCUGUGUUCUGCAGGCUGAGAAGUGUCUCUGGGGACACCCGGCAGGGCAGGAAGGUUUUGGUGGGUUUGUGACCUAGUUCAAUGUCUCCUCAACCAUCUGCCCUGGAAUUAAUUGCACUAAGACCUGUACGUGGGCCCUAAUUCCAACAUAAGGUCAAAAAUCACCUCUCGCUUCAUCAAACCCUUGUCUUCUUUUCCUUUUAUAAGAAAGAAAAUCACUGACUCCGUGUCCUGAAAUUUUAAAAAUAGGCUUAAUACACCAAGCCUCUGAGGGCAGUGUUGCUUGGGACAAUGACAUCUGCUUCUGAGAGCGGGAUACCGAAAAAUAAUGGGUCAUUACCUUUUAAUGUUGUGAUGUUGCUGGGACCGAAGAGCCAAGAACCAGGGCUUUGUCUAGAAACUCUGGCAUUUCCUUUUAACUGUUUUUUGGAACUGGAGAGAAUUUAAGACAGACAUUUUGCUUUGGGGAGGAGUGAAGAGAUACACAUCCACCUCUGUUCCCUCCAAUCUGUGGGAUAGCCCAUUGUUGUUUAAAAACAAGGUGAGGUUUGUACCAGGAAGGAUCAUUUCCUCUAGUUGUUCUUGACCAGUCUGUGCUUAAGAACAUCUUGGAAUCUUUGCCAGGACUAACAAAACUCAAUCUUUAGUUUCCUCUCUCAGGAUUAACCAUUUGUCCGAACUCCAGUAAGAGGGAAUGACAUGGAGGGAAAAAAAUGUUCGAAGGCGGCCAAAGACUAGAUGUCAAGUAGGGAAAGCUACCUGAUGGAGAUGAAGAAUUAAAAAGGAACAUGAAAUGACCUGUGCUGAUCUGUUCCUUACUUGUGUGGGACAGUCCAUCUGGGCUACUGAGUAACCCAUUUCAUAGCACCUAGGUCAUCCUAUAGAGAUUCGGCAAGUAUUGUUUGUGACAGUGGCUCACAAAGGGUGGUCCUCAAGACUGGCCAAUUCAGCAUCACCUGGAAAUUUGUUGGAGAUGCAAAUUCGCUAGGACCACCCCAGACUCAGGAAACAGAAACCCUGGGGGUGGGACCCGCUCUGGCUGGCUUAACAAACCUUCCAGGCAAUUCCGAUCUGUACUUGAGUGUGAGAGACAUUGGUUUAUAUCAUUAAUUGUGAGCUCUAAGGCCAGCAGAAACUCUAGAGGAGCCCAAGAUGAGUAGCACCCAUGGUUCAUCUUGCAUGGAAGCCAGGCAUGGCCUCUUGUACCUGAGGCAGUGUUUGGAGCUACCUAGUGGGUCACCUCCAACAGCCUCCUGUACACUGGCCCCAAAAUUGAACACAUCAUAAUCACCUUCUUGGAAAUAGUUUUCAGUGGUAAAAAGUGAUGUAGGCAAUACAUUUAUUUUGAGACACCACUGGCGUCUAAGUGCUUCUGUGUGGCAUGGAAGAAAUUCUGAUCACGUUUUACUGUUGAAAAGUCAUUGGUGGUGGUUUUUUUCUAUGGAAGAAAAGAAUUCUCGUAACGUGUUUGCAACCUUGCCAUUUCUUUUCAGUGCAAGCUUUGAAAAAUUAAUAGACUAAGUAACUACAAGACAGUACUGCUUAAUCAAAGAUCUUAACCCCAUAAUUGGGUAAGUGAAGGCCUGAAGUUACCAACUGUAGUAUCUAUGCAUCAGAUGAAAUCUAGAAUAAUAGGAAUGAAAUGCUUUCUGUGUGUAGCUAAAGCAGAACACUACAGAACAAAAGCCAGAGACUGUAUAUAUUUUAAAAUUAGAUUCUAAUCUAUUGCAAGAUAACUUUUCUAUUUUUAACUAUAUAAAAUAACCUCUGUCUCAACAUUGGGACUCUAUUAGCAACUAUUAUUAUGUAAUAAACCAGGACAUUAAACCUAUACCAACACAUAAAUAGGUAAUACUGAUACAAAUGUAUUAAUAAAUUUAUUAUAAAUUAUUAAUACAUGUAAUUGUAUCAUUCUGGAGAUAUGGACUGCAAAGCACAUCCAGCACAUCAGUUUUUAAGUUUUCUUUGAUUCGUGUUAUAGAAUCAAAAAAUGUUUGUCAAAAGGGAAUGAUUAAAAGAAACCAAAAUUGUUUGCCAUUUUGCAUGUUUUGAGACUGGUAAAUGUUUGUUGCUCAUGAAAACUGAGGGAGAGAGGGGUUUCAUUAACACAAAGCUUCUGAUAUAUUUAAAAUAAAUAAUUAUUUCCC